AUGAUGUUACUGGCGUUCACCUUCCUGCUCGCCUGCCUCCCAGCUGACUCUGCAAAAAGCAGAUACCGCCCCAAGGCAGCAAGUAGCCCUGUGUUCGGACCACGGCAGGUGUACGGUCUGCUCAACGGGUCGGCUACUGUGAAAUGCUUCUACCCCUCCACCCGCACGAACCGACACGACAGGAAGUAUUGGUGCAAGGAAUCGGCCACGGGCUGCAUGACCGUUGUCUCCACCAGUGGCUACACUGCUCCGGGCUACCGGGGCAGAGUCUCCAUCACCGACUACUCACAGGCAGAAAACUUCCAGAUUAGCAUCUCCGAGCUGACAAUGGCAGACGUGGGCACCUACCAGUGCGGUGUUGGUAUCAAUGGCAGAGGGCUCUCCCACAAAGUCAGUCUGGAUGUUUAUAACGGUCCACCUCUACCCGAGGGAGCUGAGCUCUUCUACGUGAAGCUGAAGAGCACCUUGACCAUGUCCUGCAGCUUCGGGAAGGACUAUGAGAGCACGAGGAAAUACUUGUGCAAGGUGGACAAAAGCGGCUGCCAUGACAUCGUUGACAGCUACGGGAAUGUUGACGAGGAUUACACAGGGCGCAUUCUGCUGAGCCAUGAGGACUCCCCAGGCUCGUUCAGCAUCAUGAUAACUCAGAUGGGCUGGGAAGACGCUGGCUUGUACCUGUGCGGGGUCGGCAUCUAUGAGAAGAACGGAGAAACGAAGGAACUGGACGUGCAUGUCUAUGAAGAGUCAAGUGUUCCUCAAGGAAAGACCACACUAACUGGAGUAAAAGGAAGUUCAGUAACUUUUGAAUGCCACUAUGGGACUCUAGAAAAGUCUUCAACAAGGUACUGGUGCAAGUGGAGACGGAACGGGUGCACUUGGAUCAUAAGCAGCUCCGGGUACGUGCUGGACUCGUAUGAAGGAAGAGUGGCCAUGUACGACAACCCAGAUAACAAGACAAUCACCAUCAUCCUGAACCAGCUGAGUGACAGUGACAAAGGCUACUACUGGUGCAUGACAGACGAGGAGAAGGAGCAGCAAACAUCAACUGAGCUGAAGAUCGUAGACGGAGAACCUGGACUGAAGGGGAAGAAGGAAGUGGAGGCACAAGAGGGUUCACGGUUGGAUUUAACUUGCUCUUAUCCGUGCAAGUACUACUCCUACCAGAAGUACUGGUGCAAGUGGAACAGCACCACCUGCACCCCCGUGCCUGCUUCCGACCAAAGGCAGCCGGGGCCGGACGUUACCUGUGACACUGACAACAAGACAGUUAUCCUGAGCUUCGACUCGGUGGCAAAGACAGACCAAGGGUGGUACUGGUGUGGGGUGAAGCGCGACGGCCUCUUCGGGGAAACCAUGGCAGCGUACCUGUGGGUGACCGAAGGUGAAAGUGCUGACCACAGCCUCGAGCUCCUGGAUGCUGACACCGUCAGCCACCCCGAGGCCCCCAGCCAAACCGUCCCCAAGGAAGAGCCUACGGCGGGGCCGAGGUGCAAAGCGGAGCUGCCUCGGAAAGUGAUAAGUCUUUCCCUCUGUUCCAGCUCUGAUCGAAGCCCCAGUACACUUCUUCUAGUCCUGGGCCCCGUCGGUGCCGUGCUCCUGAUCCUGGUGACAGCUUUUGCUGUUUUUAAAUACCGGCAGCUGAGGAGAUCCGACCUGGUGUCCGUGGGGAGCUACAGGACAAACAUCAGCAUGUCCGACUUCGAAAGCGUGAAGGAGUACAGCGCGAGCAACAACGCCUGCACGAAGGAGAGCCAGGAGACCCAGUUCGGGGGGGACGAGUUCAUCACCACCCCAGCCGCCCCGGAAAGCAUUGCCGAGACAAAGAAGGCAAAAAGGAGCUCCAAGGAGGAUGCUGACCUCGCCUACUCCACCUUCCUCCUCACCUCCAGCAGCAUCGCGCAGGGCAGCUCUGGGGGGGACAGCACUGCCCCAGACGUGUCCCCCCCAAACUGGGGCAGCCAGAUCUGA